AUGCAAGCUGUGCAAAACUUUUAUAAGGCGUUGCUUCCUGUUAUAAAACCAUUAUUGCGAAAAAAUGGAGGUCCCGUGCUAAUGCUACAGAUUGAGAAUGAGUUCGGUUUCUACCCCCAUUGCGACAGAAUCUAUACGAAUUGGCUGAGAGACUACGUUCGCGGUUAUCUUGGCAAUGAUACUGUUAUAUUCACAACUGACGGUGGAGCUGAAACAUACCUGAAGUGUGGAGCAGUACCUGGCACAUAUCCUACAGUUGAUUUUGGUCCAACUUCAGAAGAAAACAUCAAAGCGGCUUUUGAGGCGCAAAGGAAAUACAUGCCCAAUGGUUCGAUACAAAAUCUAGGAAAAUCAUGUUCAAUUUGGUGA